CACUCUGCAGCGGUAAACGCGGAAGAGAGCUAAUAGACGUGUAGAUUCAAUCGGUUAACAGAUUCGGUAUAUCGAAACGAGCUAACGAACGACUAGGACAACAUAUGCGUGCUGAAGAAGAAGAAUUUGAUUCGAAAAGUGUCUGACAUAUCGAUCGAAAUAAUUUCAAGUAUAAAAAUAUAUAAAGAUUUUUCUUUCAAAUUUAAUAUAUCCUCGUAACGUCCUCGUUCUCAUUAUCCUCCUCGUCGUCGUCAUUGUAGACGUCGUUGUCGUUUACGAAAGAAAAAAUUAAAAAAAAGAAAAAAAAUAAUACAAGAAAACGAAAAAUGUGCGUUCGUACAUUGGCCGGUAACGAAACGAUCAAUCCGAUGGAGAUUUCAGCAGAAAAAAAUAAUACUCAACAAUUAAAUAAUAAUGUUAAUAAUAAUAAUAAUAAUAAUAGACUUCAAAAGGCUAAAGAAAAAUAUAUGAAGAUACACGACGAGAUGAUCGCUAGAGAACUUCAAGUUAUACAAGAACGCCGUAGUGUCGAUAAAUUUUUCGCACCUGAUUUAGCCGAUGAUUUUCUUGCUGCCAGUACUAUCAAAUACAGCGUAUUUGUAAACGCAUUAAUCAGAUAUUACGAGGCUAUACAAAGAAGUAAAAUAUUUAAAAUUUUCUUCUAUACGUCUCAACCAGCACACGUGAUCAUGAUAGCAGCUAUUCUCUUUGUAACAUCAAUCCUAGUACCAUCAAGAGACAAGAUCUACGUAACUAACUCUUCAAGAAUUGCAUCUUUCAUUUAUCUCACUUCUUUCGUUAUGCAUUUUGGUGCACAAGUUUGGAUGACUUUUGUUUCAGGUCUUUCCUUAUAUUUUGCAUUACCACGGCAUACAUUUGGUGAGGUACAACGUGUACUAUUUCCUCGUUAUUUCACCAUCAAUGCUUGUUUAAGUCUGAUUACUUUACUGAUAUUUGUGAAACAUCAUCCUAUAUACACAUGGGAUACCGAACUGGCUAUUCAGGUCAUUGGAAUGUCGGGAGCAUUCUUCUUGGAACUAUUAAUACGUUUAUAUCUUACACCACCACUAUUGCAAUUAAUCGUUCAAAAAAAUGCGAUAGAACGUGCUGCAGGUGUAGGUAAUGAAAUUGGUCGACACAAUCCUGGUCCUUUGAAACACUGUCCACACUACCUCAAAAUACAUAAUGCAUUUAGACGUAUUCAUGUUUGCAUUGCGAUGGGCAACAUGGUCACUAUGGGUUGUACGGUUCUUCAUUUACAUUAUAUUGCAAGUAAAUUGUGCGUUUUAUAAGCAAGUAAUGUUUUUUUUUUUUUUCUUAUUUCUUUCUAAUUUUGCAUAGAGUUGAUAAAAGAAAAGAAAAAUAAUGUUUCAAAACGUUUACCAACCUGGACAAAUAUUUUUGAUAAAACGAUGUAUACAAUUUAGAAUUGUUAUCAAAAUUUUGUGAACAAUUGAUUGAUUCAUUUUUUUCGGUGCUAAAAAAAGAAAGAAGAAGAGCCUUAUCCCUUCUGUAAUUAUCUUUUGUUGUUAAUUAGGAUUUGUCUGUUUUUUUUUNUUUUUUUAAAUAAAAUAAGAUACAAUGUGAAUUCUUGAUUUGAAUUUAGGUAGACUACUUAUGUUACUUUUUUUAUUUGAAAAUAAUGUUGAUCUUCUUUGUCGAUAAUGAAGAUACUUGUGAACAGAUGGAAGCCUCGAGGAACUCAUUGUAGUCUAUAUCUGAGGAUACAAUUUUAUUUAGUUAAAAAAAAAAAAAAAAAAAAAAAGAACAAAAAAAAAGAGUAAUAAUGUAUUUAAAUAAAAUUAGUCUUUCCUCGUUAACGUAACAUUUAUACUUCAUCUAUGAUAUACUCAAUAGAUACCGAAGAUAGUCAAGAAUAUUAUUAUAAUAUCCGAAUAAACGAAACAAACAAAAAAAAAACAAAAACAAAAAAAAAGAAUAAACUGAGCUUAAUCUAUCAUUGCAUAGAAUAAGAAUUCAGUUUAAUGAAAGAUAUCAUAACAACGAGAAACACUUCAUGCAAUUUUAUUGUAUGAAAUGAAUCCAAUUAAAUUAAAUGUUAUCAUUAAUUCGUAACGCUCAAUUCAUUUUUUAUUUUUUUUUUUUUUUAAGCUUAGUUUAUUGUAAAGAUGAUCUGCAUUACAUAUAAAAAAAAGAAAAAGAAAAACAAGAAUUUCCAUAUUUUAAUAUUUACUAAAUUAUUCACUUAAUGACGUGAAUGUACGUAUUUGUGAGUGUAUAGAAAGAAACAAAAAAAGAAAA